AUGGUUGUCGUUCUGCCGGUGACUGCUGUUGCACUACCAUCACUGGAGCCGCUUGUCGUAUUACAGGAUCCGGAUCUCGUGGCUGCCAAGCCGCUGGUGUUGUCGCCGACUGUAGUCUCGCUGGCUCUCGUGCCGGCUCUACGGUGUGAGACUGCGGUGUUCGUUGUGGAGGUGACACCACAGGCACUGCUCUCGUCGUCUCCAUCGCUUCGACUCUCACUUAUAACCGCGUCAUUGUCGACAUCAUCUGCUGGAUCGUCGUCAGCAAGGCCGCUGCACCCGUAUCCGAUGCCGCAGCGUCGCCGCCACGUCCUACUGGUGCGUCUCGUUCUUGGAUCUGCCCGCCCGUUGCAGAUCCUACUGCAGCUGGUGGUGCCGGUGGCGUUCCAGCGUCAACACCGCCUCACAUCGUUAUCGUGUCCGUCACCUGAUCCGUCUCUUCCUGUCGAGUCUGGGCUUCUGGCGGCUGGACACCGUAUCGGUUGGUUCCCGCGUCGCAGUUCCCGUAUUCGUCGUCGGAUCCGAAGAGAUCGGCAUCACUGUCGCCGCUGGUGUUCCCGCAGUCUCCGUCGUAUCCGUGGUGUCUGGCGACAACAUCGACCGCGUGAUCACCCCACUAGUCGCCGUCGGCACCGUGACUAUCUUUGUUCUUGCCAUUCGUAG